AUGGAUCUUCUCAAAUCAAUUCUGCCUCCCGGCAAGGGUAUUCUCCCUUACUACAUGCUAAUUCUCUCCGUCAUCUCGAUUGGCAACUCGUUGCAAGCCUACCUGACGCUGCACUUUUCGCGGCGCGUCUACAACGGCCUCUUCGUGCCCAACCCGCGGCUCGGCAAGACCCCGGCCGACGAGGACCGCACCGACAAGCUCGUGCCCGCGCGCCGCGGCAGCCCUCCGGACCCCCGCGCGGCCGACCAGCUGACGCCGCUCGCCGGCCGCCUCUUUGGCACCUGGACGCUCAUCACCUGCAUCGUCCGCUGCUACGCCGCCUACCACCUGCACAUUGGGCCCGUCUACAACAUUGCCAUAUGGACCUACGUCGUCGCGCUGGGCCACUUUGCCAGCGAGCUGUUUGUCUUUAAGAGCAUGUCGUUUGGCGUGCCGCAGCUGUUUCCCUUUUGUCUGGCGACCACGGCGCUGAUCUGGAUGCCCAUGGUCCGCGAUUACUACGUCGAGUUCAACUAG